GGCCCCGGCGGCCCAGCUCGCAGGCGUCCGCCGGCCGGGCAGGCGCUGGCCGCGGCGCCGAGCUCCCGGGCCUAGGCGGCAGGAAGAGCUCUGCCAUCUGAGAACACAGCCCAGGGCCAAGCCCAGCCCAUGGACCCUUCUCUGGGCAACCGGACAGCACCAGCAGGGCUGCUCUCCUGAGCCACAGAGGGCCUGGACACACGGUCCUCUGGGAGGAGCCAUGGUGUUCAGGAGGGGCAGGGGCAGCUGUCGGUGGUGGCCUGGACUGGGAGUCGGGGGAGGUUGCCCAGGCCCCCUAGGCCUGCUCAGGGCUUCCUUGCUGCUUGUCAGCCUGCCUUUGGGGGCCCGGGGAACAGCCAGUGCCAACCUCAGCACAGCUGUGAGCCAGACGGUGCCACUGCCAGGGGGCCGAUACUUGAGCAUUGGGGACGGCUCUGUGCUGGAGUUUGAGUUCCCAGAGGAGAGCGAGGGCAUCAUCGUGAUCUCCAGCCAGUACCCGGGCCAGGGCAACAGGACAGGGCCCAGGCCGGUGCUGAAGGUCACCUCCUUGGACACAGAGGUGCUGACCAUCAAGAACGUGAGUGCCAUAACCUGGGGCGGUGGGGGCGGCUUUGUGGUGAGCAUCCACUCAGGCCUGCCUGGGCUAGCCCCACUCCACAUCCAGCUCAUGGACCCCCGUGAGACUCCGCCCGUGCUAAUUGAGGAACGGAGAGAUUUCUGCAUCAAGGUGUCACCUGCCGAAGACACCCCUACCGCCCUUGGCACUGACAUGGUCCACUUCUCGGAGAACCCAAUACUCUACUUGCUCCUGCCUCUUAUCUUUGUCAACAAGUGUUCAUUUGGGUGCAAAGUAGAACUCGAGGUUCUGAAGGGGCUCCUGCAGAGCCCCCAGCCUAUGCUGCUGGGCCUCCUGGGCCAGUUCCUGGUCAUGCCCUUCUAUGCUUUCCUGAUGGCCAAGGUCUUCAUGCUGCCCAAGGCCCUGGCUCUAGGCCUCAUCAUCACCUGCUCGUCGCCCGGCGGCGGGGGGAGCUACCUCUUCAGCCUCCUCCUUGGAGGGGACGUCACCCUGGCCAUCUCCAUGACUUUCAUCUCAACAGUGGCUGCCACCGGCUUCCUGCCGUUGUCCUCCGCCAUCUACAGCCAUCUGCUCAGCAUCCACGAAACCCUCCACGUGCCCAUCUCCAAGAUCCUGGGGACCCUGCUGUUCAUCGCUAUCCCCAUAGCAGCAGGCGUGGUGAUCAAGUCCAAGCUCCCCAAGUUCUCCCAGUUGCUGCUGCAGGUCAUCAAGCCCUUCAGCUUUGUGCUUCUCCUGGGUGGCCUCUUCCUGGCCUACCGCAUGGGGGUCUUCAUCCUGGCUGGCGUCAGGCUGCCCAUCGUACUGGUGGGCCUCACAGUGCCCCUGGUUGGCCUCCUGGUGGGCUACUGUCUGGCCACCUGCCUGAAGCUGCCAGUGGCCCAGCGGCGGACGGUGAGCAUUGAGGUAGGGGUGCAGAACAGCCUGCUGGCCUUGGCCAUGCUGCAGUUGUCCCUCCGGCGCCUUCAAGCAGACUACGCCUCCCAGGCCCCCUUCAUUGUAGCACUGAGCGGCACCUCGGAGAUGCUGGCCUUGGUGAUUGGCCACUUCAUCUACAGCAGCCUGUGCUCAGUCCCCUGAGGCCGCUGGGUCGAGCUUUCACCACCCCUCGCCCCCCAGCCUCCAGCCACUGUCCCCACAGUUCUUGUGUACCAAAGGCCUUCAGCUCUCAUGCACUAUGCACUCAGAAAAAACGAAAAAAUCCAGGCUUAUUUUUUUUACUCGUUUUUUAUUCUCCAGCUUUCAGUGCCAAAGAGGCCAUGCUGAGUUAGGUAGGUGGGCACUGCUCAGAAAAUAUAUUUCAAUAAAAGAGAGAAGCAAGC